AAGUAAGUAAAACGCCCGCAUCUUUCGUGCCUUUCACCACGGCUGUCACAGCAAACCCAGUUGUAAAUGUGCGUUUAAGGGCUCCCUCCGUCUCUCCCUUUCGGAUUGUAUAAAAAAGAUGGGAGCAUUAGACUCCAUACGAGAAUUCAGUUUGCUGGCAUGGAUGAGAGAAAGAAGACAGUCGAGAAAACUGAUAUUGUUAAUAGUAUUCAUCGCUCUUCUGUUGGAUAAUAUGCUUUUGACGGUGGUCGUGCCCAUCAUCCCCAGCUACCUGUAUGCAAUAGAUGAAGAGGCCAGCAGCAGCACCACAGACAGCAUCGGCGUCGGCAGCAGUAUGGCUCCGGCCACAGCGCCAUCGUUCCCCUCUUCCAGCGCCUUCCAGACCAUCGUGUCUCUUUACGACAACUCCACAUAUCAGACGGGAGCCGGCAUCAACCUCCUCUCCACCACCCCGCGGCCCCUGGCUCCCUCCCCAGCCCCCGGAUCCCCUAUGACGACCGCCGUCGCCACCGCCGGCAACAGGACUGGUAACACCACGGGGCAGGACUGCCCCCUCCAAGGAGGCAAGCAGCUGCUGAACGAGAACGUGAAGGUGGGGCUGCUGUUCGCCUCCAAAGCCACCGUGCAGCUGCUCACCAACCCCUUCAUCGGACCGCUCACCAACAGGAUAGGCUACCAGAUCCCCAUGUUCGCUGGCUUCUGCAUCAUGUUUCUCUCCACUAUCAUGUUUGCAUUCUCAAAGAGCUACACUCUCCUGUUUCUGGCUCGCUCUUUACAGGGAGUCGGAUCCUCCUGCUCCUCAGUAGCAGGAAUGGGGAUGCUGGCGAGUGUGUACACGGAUGAUGAGGAGAGGGGCAACGCCAUCGGGGUCGCUCUGGGAGGACUGGCCAUGGGGGUGCUGUUGGGUCCUCCUUUUGGUAGUGUGAUGUACGACUUUGUUGGCAAGACCGCUCCUUUCCUCAUCCUAGCUGUACUGGCAGUCUUAGAUGGAGCGUUACAGCUUUUCGUGCUACAGCCUUCUAAAGUGGAGCCAGAGAGUCAGCAAGGCACGCCACUGCUGACACUGAUGAAAGAUCCCUACAUUCUCAUCGCUGCCGGUUCCAUUUGUUUUGCCAACAUGGGCAUUGCCAUGCUGGAGCCCGCUCUGCCCAUUUGGAUGAUGGAGACCAUGUGCCCUGCAAAAUGGCAACUCGGUGUGGCGUUCAUUCCUGCAAGCAUCUCCUAUCUUAUAGGAACUCACAUCUUUGGCAUUAUGGCACACAAAAUGGGCAGGUGGCUCUGCUCUCUCAUUGGGAUGCUACUGGUAGGACUCAGUAUCGUUUGUGUACCUUUAGCCAAAGACAUCUAUGGAUUAAUCCUGCCAAAUUUCGGAGUCGGUUUUGCCAUCGGAAUGGUGGACUCCUCCAUGAUGCCCAUCAUGGGCUACCUGGUGGACCUGCGGCACGUGUCGGUCUACGGCAGCGUCUACGCCAUCGCUGAUGUGGCCUUCUGCAUGGGCUUUGCACUAGGUCCCUCGGCCGGCGGGGCCAUCGCUAAGAGUAUCGGCUUCCCCGCCCUCAUGACCAUGAUCGGCAUCGUGGACAUCCUCUUCGCACCGCUCUGCUUCUUCCUCCGGAGCCCGCCCGCCAGAGAGGAGAAAAUGGCCAUCCUGUCAAUGGAGUCCAACUGCUCCAUGAAGACUCGAUCCUAUACCAUGCAGGACUCCAGCUACCAGAUGGGAGACGAGUUCGAGACCGAGAGCGACGAGUAGGAACAGUACGUGUGCCGCCGCCACCGCCACCGCCACCGCCAUCACCACCCUGAGGAGUUUCUAUUUUGUUGUAUAAAAAGGGGGAUGAAAAACAAACGGGAAAAGCCAAACAUCACGAAACCACGAAUCACGAAUCAGACAAAGUGUACAGGAAUGAGAUGAGAAACGCCUCCUCUGUGGGCCGUCUCUGUGUU